UGCAAUUUUCAGUCGAACGGGAGCAUGCAUUCGACCGGUGACGCGCCGUUUUGGCGUGAUCAAGAGGAUAUCGUUAUCACCGGCGUUUCGGGUCGCUUUCCGCGAUGCGAAAAUGUACAGGAGUUUGGCGAUAUGCUUAUGGCUGGAGAAGAUUUGGUUACCGAGGAUGACUUGCGUUGGCCACCAGGAAUAUUCGAUUUACCAAAACGACACGGUAAACUGAAAGAUCUCAAGAAAUUCGAUGCGCAAUAUUUUGGUAUUACACCCAAACAGGCGAAUUUUUUGGAUCCUCAAGUACGUAAGUUGCUUGAAGUGACGCUCGAAGCUAUCAUUGAUGCUGGUCUGAGUCCGGUUGAGUUACGUGGCUCAAGAACAGGCGUAUUUGUCGGUUGUUCAGCGUCCGAAACUGGUGGCGCUCUCACACAAGAUCCAGAAACGGUAACUGGAUACACGCUAACAGGAUGUGUAGGAUCAAUGUUCAGCAAUCGUCUAAGUUUCACAUUCGAUCUGCGAGGUCCUUCGUUCUCGGUCGAUACCGCAUGUUCGUCGUCGUUAUGUGCGUUACAACUCGCAGUCGAUGCGAUUCGUCAAGAGCAGUGCGAUGCUGCAGUCGUCGCUGGAGCGCAUCUUACACUUACACCAACCGCUGCUCUCCAGUUUCUUCGACUUGGAAUGCUUUCCGAUAAGGGAAGCUGUCGUUCUUUUGAUGCUUCAGGUGAUGGAUAUUGUCGAACCGAAGGCAUUGCGGCGAUAAUUCUUCAACGACAGUCAUCCGCAAGACGCAUAUACGCAACGGUUGUUCAUGCAAAAAGUAACACUGAUGGUUAUAAGGAACAGGGUAUAACGUUUCCAUCUGGUGAGCGUCAAGCAGCUCUGCUCGAAGAAGUUUAUAGAGAAGCAGGAAUUGACCCGAACACUGUCACAUAUGUCGAGACCCAUGGAACAGGCACGAAAGUGGGUGACCCACAAGAAGCGAAUGCUAUUUGUCAAGUGUUUUGUACAAAUAGGACUUCACCAUUGUUGAUUGGAUCUGUAAAAUCGAGUAUGGGACACGCAGAGCCAGCAUCUGGUCUCUGCUCAAUUGCGAAAGUUUUAGUCGCUAUGGAACGAGGAAUUAUACCACCAAAUCUUCAUUAUAAGGAGCCAAAUCCAUAUAUUCCUGGCCUAACUGAUGGGCGUUUGAAGGUUUGUACUUACAUAACUACAAAUUGUUGGACUGAUUUGAAAACUCCAUUCCAACGUGGUAUUGUCGGUGUGAAUUCGUUUGGAUUUGGCGGCAGUAAUACACAUAUCAUCUUGCGUGCUGCAAAUCAUGCGGAACGUAAGGCUGCACCAACAAACUUCAUGAAAAUCAUCACAUAUUCUGGGCGUACCACUGAAGCAGUUAUGAAUAUAUUCGAUUGUCUUAUGGCUGAGCCAGAAAAUGUCUAUCUUCAACAAUUGUUAGCCAAUCAAGCAAAUCUACCAGCUAAAGAUACACCAUAUCGAGGCUAUAUGAUCAUCAAUCGUGACAAAAUCCCGUUCCCAGCAGACGCUAAACGUGAACCAGAUCAACCGCCUCUGAAAGACGUUCAAAAAAUAACGAUCACUGAGAAAAAACAAAUUUAUUUCAUUUACUCUGGAAUGGGUAGUCAGUGGCCUGGUAUGGGACGCCAACUUAUGUCAAUACCAGCGUUCGAUGAAUCGCUACGUACCUCGAGUGCUGCACUCGACGAAUAUGGACUUGAUGUUUACAGAAUGUUACAACUGGAUGAUCCUGAACUUUAUAAGAAUAACACUUUAAAUUGUAUGCUUGCAAUCACAGCAAUCCAGAUUGCGUUGACGGAUGUGCUCUUUCUGAUGGGUGUAACUCCGGAUGGUAUAAUUGGACACUCAACAGGUGAAAUGGGCUGCGGAUAUGCAGACGGUGGCCUCACCAGAGAGCAAACGAUGCGACUGGCUUAUCAUCGUGGUACAACAAUUAUGAACAGUGAUGAGAAGAUCGAAGGAAGCAUGGCUGCUGUUGGACUGACUUGGGAAGAAGCAACAAAUAGAUGUCCUGAAGGCGUUGUUCCUGCUUGUCAUAAUAGUGCUGAUUCCGUGACUAUUUCGGGUGAUACAGAAAAAGUGGAAAAAUUAAUCGCAGAACUCAAGGAGGAAGAUAUAUUCGCGAAACCUGUUGAUACCUCCGGAAUUCCAUUCCAUUCUCCAAUCAUGCGCAAGGUGAAAGAUAAAAUGGUGAAUGCAAUGCGAACUGUUGUACCCGAACCGAAACCGCGUUCAUCUCGUUGGAUUUCGACGUCGAUCCCAGAGAAUGAAUGGGAUUGUGAAAUGGCGCAAACAUGUUCGGCUGAUUAUCACACGAAUAAUGCGAUCAGUCCAGUGCUUUUCUAUGAGGCACUUCAAAAGAUCCCCGCCAAUGCAGUCACGAUUGAGAUCGCACCUCAUUGCUUGAUGCAUUCCAUACUGAGACGAUCACUCCAUAAAACUUGCACGAAUGUUGGUCUCAUGAAUGCCAAAGAAAAAGAACGUGAACUUGAAGCAUUUUUACAAAGUCUUGGAAAAAUUUAUCAAACCGGUAUAACGAUUCACAUCGAAGCGUUGUAUCCAGCCGUUCAAUAUCCAGUACCAAUUGGUACACCAAUGAUUUCACCAAUGUGGCGUUGGGAUCACAGUCAAGACUGGCCUGUUAUCGAUGGCAAAAGUCUGUCGGCAGCUGGUGGUGGUCAUUUGGCCACCUCAUCCAGUUAUACGAUCGAUCCGUUCGCAUCUGACUCCAAAGAGGCUUUCUUGUUGGAUCAUGUAAUCGACGGACGUGUUCUUUAUCCUUUCACCGGAUAUAUGGUUCUGGCUUGGAAGACGAUCGCUAAGUUAAAUGGACUUGACUUUCAAAAAACGCCUGUAAUUUUGGAAGACAUUCGUGUCUAUAGUGCUACAAUGGUCACGAAACCAAUUCGACUAGAUGUAGUGAUUACACCUGGCAAUGGUUACUUCGAAAUUUUGGAUGGUGAGCAACUGGCUGCAUCCGGAUAUAUUCGUAUUGUUGACGAGAACACACCAUUCUAUUACAGUAAUUUCAAGGAAAUUGAAACAUCGCAAUUGGCUGAGCGCAUUGAACUGGAUACAGAAGAUGCAUAUAAGGAAUUCUUGUUACGUGGUUAUGAGUAUGGACAAGCUUUCAGAGGCAUAUACCGUACAUGCAACAGCGGUGAACGUGGUAUGUUGUAUUGGACUGGUAACUGGGUAACCUUCCUCGAUUCGCUUCUUCAGACUGCAUUGCUUGCCGAACGAGCUGAUACUUUGCGACUACCAACUCGUGUUCGAUACCUACGAGUUGAUCCAAUCAAACAUCUUGAGCACAUCCAAGAAAGCGAUGGCAUUCAGGUGAUCGAACUUCGUAACGAUAUUGCUACAAACGGUUGUAUUGCUGGUGGUGUGGAAUGUUGCGACUUGACUGCGCAUACCGUAUCACGUCGUAUACAAGCCGCUGGUCAAUUGUAUUAUGAAAAGUUGUACUUCAUUCCUCAUUUCGACGAAAACUGCUUAGUGGAAUUUCCACGUCAACGUGAAGCACUUAUUGGUUAUCGUGACUUUCUUCGAUCAAUCCUUGCAAACGGAUUAGCCAAAUGGCAGGUCGCUGGAGUUCUGAAAGAUAUCAAGAACGGUGAUCUGUUUUCGGUAGCCGUUAAGAAGCUAUCGAAGUACAUGAAAGUCGUUACUGACAUCGAACAUAAACAAUGGCUUGAUGACGCAAUGUCACCAAUAGCUUUAACUUUCGAUGAGAUAUUUGCGAUGGAAAUUGGAUCGGAUGUGAAAGAGUUCGAGAAAAAAGUUAUUGAUAAAAUGCAGAGUGUAGUGAAAAUUUUCGAUCUUGAUCGUCUAUGGAGUGCUGCUUUUGUACACGAUCGUGUGCUGAAAGCUGUUCAGGACAUUUGCCUUGAGAACUCCGCUGGUCAUCUCAAUAAGAUUUGUACUAUCGAGUUUGACUCAACCGAACAGCUCAAAUUCUGUGUCCAUGCAGUCAGCUCACAUCCAUUACUUGAAGUCGAAUGGGCAUGUGCCGGUCCAAAUGUGAACGAUAUGGAUGAAGGCACAUUGGUGCAGCUUGGUGCACGUAAAAUUAAAAUGUCGUUUGAUGAAAAACAGUUCAAUGUACCUAGUGAUGCCCGAAACUUCGAUAUAGUCAUAUUGGAUAAAGUACUCGCAAGAAAGCCUGAUGCAGUGCAGUAUUUGAAUCGAUGUAAAGAACUGCUUCGCGAUGACGGAUUCGUGGUUGUGGUUGAAGUGACGAGAGAUUAUGAAGUGGCACUCACCAUUGAAGGCUUAUAUGGCAAGCAGAUCGAGAAGUUGGGUGAAGACCGUGCGUUUGGUAGAUACUAUUCGCAUGAGCAAUUGCUCGACAUUUUCAAGCAGUGCAACUUCCGUCUGUGCUCUUACCAGACGGAUGAACCAAUGUUGACAACAAUGUAUGCAAUUCGAAAGAUACCCGCUCAAGCGGUCGAUCCCGUAUUCAUCGAUUUGGAUGAUAUCGUUGAAUAUUCUUGGAUCGAAGCACUGCAAAAGGUCAUCGAAGAACGUCUUACUGAGCCAGACAGUAAAACAAUAUGGAUGAUGAACACAAAAGUGAGAAAUAACGGUCUACUGGGAUUAGCACUGUGCCUGAAUGAAGAAUAUCUGAAGUCUAAUCGCUUCCGUACUUUGCUCGAUAUGAGUGUCAAAAAAGAGAAUCGAGAAGGUCCUGCGCAAAUGGGUCCUGAAUUUGAAAACACCAAAAAAAUAAUGGAUCUAGACUUGCAUGCGAACAAUUAUCGCGAUGGGGUUUGGGGAUCAAUGCGACAUAUGGUUGUCAAAGAAGACGAUGCGCACACAUUCAAAGAAGUGGAACAUGCAUUCAUCAAUACAUUAGUGCGCGGUGAUGUGAGCUCACUAACUUGGUUCCAAUCUCCAAAUCAGUAUUUUGAAGAAGUUGCUCGCACCACUUCUACAUCACACGAGCUCUGCCAUGUUUACUACUCAGCUAUCAACUUCCGUGAUGUUAUGCUCGCAUACGGACGAUUGCCACCAGAUGCCAUUCCUGGCCAGUUUGCCGAUCGCGAAUGUCUCCUGGGCAUGGAGUAUUCAGGAAGAUUGAAGUGUGGUACUCGAAUAAUGGGAAUUCUGCCCGCACAAGCACUAGCCACAUCGGUGAUCGUUGAUCGUGAAUAUUCUUGGGUUGUACCAGAUGGCUGGUCGCUUGCAGAUGCUGCAACCGUACCGGUGGUUUAUACGACCGCUUACUACGCACUCGUUAUGCGUGGUCGAAUCAAACGUGGCGAUAAGGUUCUAAUUCACGGUGGCUCAGGUGGGGUAGGACAGGCUGCGAUUGCGAUUGCGCUUUCAUAUGGUUGUGAGGUGUAUACUACCGUUGGAACACCCGAAAAGAAAGCCUUUUUGCAAAAACGUUUCCCGGCGCUGAAAGACAAGCAUUUCGCAAGUUCUCGGAACGCUAACUUUGAACUGCAUAUCCGUCAUGAAACACAAGGUCGUGGAGUUGAUGUCGUGCUCAACUCUCUCGCACAACAUAUGCUCCAAGCUUCGGUUCGAUGUCUUGCUCAGCAUGGUCGUUUCUUGGAAAUCGGUAAGGUUGACCUGUCACAAAACUCAUCUCUUGGGAUGGCGAUUUUCCUGAAGAACGUUACAUUCCAUGGCAUUCUUCUGGACGCAAUUAUGGAUCAGGGCAUCGGCAAUAAAGAGGACUGGAAGGAGAUCGCUCGCUUGUUGGAAGAAGGCAUUCAGAACGGAGUUGUGCAACCACUCUCAUACACCACCUUUUCCAGUGGAAAGGCUGAAGAUGCAUUCCGUUAUAUGUCAGCUGGCAAACACAUUGGAAAGGUUCUAAUGGAGAUUCGUCAAGAAGAACCCGAACGGAUAUGUGCACCAUCACCAAUACGAGUUCGAGCGAUUUGUAGGACGUUAUGUCAUCCUCAGCACGUUUAUCUCAUAACCGGUGGUCUUGGUGGCUUUGGUCUUGAGCUCGCUCAAUGGCUCAUUAAUAGGGGCGCUAAAAAAUUAGUGCUAACGUCUCGUUCUGGAAUUCGCACCGGUUAUCAGGCACGAUGUGUGCAUUUCUGGCGUCGAACCGGUAUCUCAGUGUUGAUUUCAACGUUGAACAUCGCCAAGAAAGAAGAUGCAGAAGAAUUGAUCGCACAGUGUCAUUCGAUGGGUUUCAUUGGUGGCGUAUUUCACUUAGCAAUGGUUCUGCGUGAUUGUCUUUUCGAGAAUCAGAACGUACAAAACUUCAAAGAUGCUGCUGAAGCAAAAUAUUGGGGAACAAUCAAUUUGGAUGCAGCAACAAGGGAACAAUGUGGCGAUAAACUGAAGUGGUUUGUCGCAUUUUCGUCGAUAACUUCGGGAAGAGGAAACGCUGGUCAAACAAAUUACGGUUGGUCGAAUUCAACAAUGGAAAGAAUAAUCGAGCAUCGUCGUGAAGAUGGCUAUCCAGGAAUCGCGAUCCAGUGGGGUGCAGUGGGCGAUGUUGGUGUUAUCCUUGAGAAUAUGGGUGAUAACAACACUGUCGUUGGCGGAACUCUUCCACAACGAAUGCCCUCGUGCCUUGCCGCACUCGAUCUUUUCCUGUCGUGGGAUCAUCCAAUUGUCGCCAGUUACAUCAAAGCGGAUGUAGGCUCCAAGAAGGUGUCGGGUGGAGGAAAUUUGUUGCAAACAAUCGCACAUAUUCUUGGCGUCAACGAUAUCUCACAACUCAAUCCAGAUGCUAAUCUCGGUGAUUUAGGUCUCGAUUCGUUGAUGGGCGUUGAAAUAAAACAAGCACUCGAACGCGACUACGAUAUUGUUCUGUCAAUGAAGGAUAUCAGAACACUAACAUUAAAUAAACUUCAGCAAUUAGCUGAUAGUGGUGGUGCAUCCUCAACAGCAUUACAUUCCAACGAAUUGGAAUUGAAGAAAGAAGGUGAAAAGGAAGCCGAACAAAAUACAGUCGAGCAACUAGAAAAGCAAAUGAAUCAAUUGUUCAAGAUGCGAAUUGACGUAAAUGACCUUGAGCCAACCGAUUUAGUGUUGAAAUGUAAUACAGUUGAAGAAGGACCGGUCACGUUCUUCGUUCACUCAAUAGAGGGAAUCGCUACACCACUCAAGAAAGUUAUGUCCAAGUGCAAUUUUCCGGCUUAUUGUUUUCAGUCAACUAGAAGUGUGCCACAGGAUUCGAUUGAAAAAGUCGCACACAAGUAUAUCUCAGAAAUGCGUAAGGUACAGCCUAAGGGUCCUUACCGCAUUAUCGGCUAUUCAUAUGGUGCAUGCAUCGGUUUUGAGAUGGCAACCAUGCUUCAAGAAACAGACGGCAUCGAUGCGGUUGAGAGGCUCAUUCUUCUCGAUGGAUCUCAUCUCUACAUGCAAACUUAUCGUAACGUAUAUCGAAUGGCUUUCGGUGUUACGGGCGAUACGCUUGUUAACAAUCCAUUGUUUGAAUCAGAAAUCAUGUGCGCCAUGACGUUACGCUUUGCAAAUGUUGACUACAAAAAGUUCCGUGUUGAACUCUUACAACAAGCUGGUUUCAAAGCUCGUGUACAAAAAGUGGUCGACACCGUAAUGACAACCGGUCUCUUCAAAUCAGCAGAAACAAUCGAUUUUGCCUGCUGUGCGAUGAGGUCAAAAUUUGUCAUGGCGGACAAAUAUAAGCCCGAACGUAAGUUCAAGGGUGUUAUCACACUGAUCAGAGCUGAGCAAGGAGCCGCUCGUGAAGAGGAUGUCGGCAAAGAUUACGGAAUUUCUCAGGUGUCUGACGAAAGUAAAGUGUACAUUGUUGAGGGCGAUCACGAUAGUUUUGUUCAGGGUAAGACAUCCGUAAAGACAGUGAGCAUCAUUAACGAGUUGAUCGGCGAAUCAUAUAAAUCUUGA